AAUUGGAUAUGGUAUACGGUCGUCUAAUCUAUAAUAAUAUUAAAGACUACACUCCUCAAUGGUUCAAAACUAUACCUUACUAAUAAACAGUAAAACCAUCUUUCAGUACAGAAUAAGAAUUAUAAUAGUCAGAUAACCUUAAGUAGUAUCUCGUUUGAAUAGUGAUCCAAAAGUAAAAGCCUUUUGGAGAUUUCUUGGUAGAAAUGUUGCUGAUAAUCCUUGGGCUUGGUAAGUCUACAUUUUUGCAAGUAAAUCAUUAAAUAAAUAAACAGAUUCCUUUGCAAUAUUUUGUCUAUGCUAUUAUCCAUGGCUUUGGGUAUAUCAAUACAAUAAUAAGAGGGUAAAUUUUUAAUCACUUAAAUUAGCGUACUAUUGAUUACGCACUUCAAUAAGAAAAAGAAUGGAAGGCCAAAUAAGCAGUAGAAGAAUGAAAAUAAUAUAUUAUUAUGCAAAC